GCUGCAUUUAGAUAGGAUGAAGGAGCUGAGACACGUGGGAAGCAAAAAAAGAAAGAAAGAAGAAAACAGGAGGAACAUGGCGCUACCCGCUACUGUAUCCCGUUUGUUUUGCUUGACUGGGCGGAUUUUCACCUCCCCGGCAUCCAGGCACAGACAAACUGCGAACAUGCCCACAGAGAGACGCUACAUAUCUACUUCACCGAGGAACGAUCUGCGAUUUAAGCUUGAUGAACGAACGGCACACAGCAGUCUGGACCUCUUCAAGAAAGAUACUGGAAUUAUCUACCGCAUGCUGGGCCUAGACCCCAGUCACGUGGAAGACAACCCUGAGCGCUUUAAAGAUUGGGCUGUGGUGUUUGGCGACGAGAAAAUAAGCAGUGGACGCCACUAUUGGGAGGUGACUGUCAAAAAGUCUCAGGAAUUCCGUGUGGGUGUGGCCGAGGCUUUGAUGUCCCGAGACGACUGUGUGGGCACCAACAACUCCUCCUGGGUUUUUGGCUACGCUCAGCGCAAGUGGUUUACUAUGACCAGCAACAAGAUUGUCCCUGUGACACUAGUGGGCAAGCCGGAGCGCAUAGGCAUCCUUCUUGACUAUGAAGCAGGCUUGCUGGGGCUGGUGGAUGUCGAGCAGCCCAGGCUCAUUCACACCAUUAGGGCCGAGUUCAAAGCUUCUCUCUGUCCUGCGUUUGGACUGUGGGACGGGGAGCUGCUCACACACUCUGGCCUGGAGGAACCUAAAGGCUUGAACUGAGACAGUAACAACUGUGAUGGCGAAAGGCUGUGGGCUGUGUUUAUUACCAUGGCAACAAUUUCUAAAACCCUAAAACCCCUUCAGUUUUUUCCCUUCAAUUGUGUCAUAUAUGGGUUUUCUUUUUAAAAACAAAAUGCAAGGAUGCACAUGCACCAUUUUAGUGUUUCCACAAUGUCCUAAACAUUUAAACUAUUUAUGAAGAAAUAGGAUGCUAGAAGCCUUAUUACCAGUUUUUUUGUUUUGUUUUGUUUUGUUUUGUUUUGACACACUGAUGCAUCCAAAUACAUCAUUGACAGCCCAGAUUACUUUAAUAAUGAGACACUGGUUAUUACUGUAUAUAUAGUCCAUAAAAUACAGUCAAUGACCUAAGCCUAUAUCAGGUGUGUUCAUAAAAAAAAGUGCAGCUUCAGUGUUAAACCAUUCAUAGCUCAGACUAGAUCACUAGAGCUACUGUAUAGGCAGAUAUUUAGGUUGUUUUCUAUGCAGCGCCUGCGUGAGCAUUUGAUGAUUUCUCUUGGGAACCCAUCUGAGGAGCCAUGGCAUCCACAUUCAUGGGAAAUACGCCGGACUAAAAUACAUCACAGUUGUUGUAAUAACUAUGGGAAAGAAAGCAAUAUCUCUGUUCUGUGGUCCAUUUCCUAAUCACAGCUCUUAACAAUGCAAGCUCAAACUCUGUUUAUGUCCUCCAGGCUCAGGCAGUUACGUCACAUAAGCUGUUUUUGUGUGUACCUCAUGCAUUACCUCUCAGUCUAAUAGAUGUGAAAAGGAAGAAUGAUUGUUUUUUGAGAGGAACUCUAUACCAGAUUGUUUUACACUCUGGCAAAGCUUAACCCAAGACGAAGAGAUUUUCUUAUCUACAUAUUGUACGUCAAUAAAAACAACUUUUUUCACAAUCUUUUAUUUACAGCAAAAUGACAAUUACAUUCAUAGUCAUGCAGAGGAAUUAUUCACUGUUAAAUCUAAUAUAGAUUCUCCCAUCUUUAUCACCAAACAAAAUAAGAUAAACAUCAGUCCCUGAAGGGAAUUAGUACAUAAACUGCAGUUUAUGCAUAUUGUGCUAUAAUCUAAAUGUGCAUUGGUCCCAAUGGCUGAGACUUGAAGAUGUUUCUGUACAAGCAACCAACAAAAAGAGCUCAGACUAAUGCAGACUAUUAGGAGUGAUUCCUCCCAAGAGGAGAGAAAGCCCCAUCAUAAACUGUCCAGUGUGAAAAGCAGCUUUGAGGAUGUUUUGACACUUGUAUAUAGCGAUAAAGAAAUACUUCAAUAUCAGAAAAAAAAAUAAAUAAGCAAAAAAUACUAUUUACGUGUUAGCAAUGUGAAACACUAACCACAUAAAUGUCAACAAUGCUACUAUGUGAAACUAACCGAAGGCUAAUAUUGUCAAAAUCUUUGCCUGGCUCAUCUUUCCCUGCUCAACUGCUUUUUAGUCACUAAAAUAACAUCACAACAAAGGAAGCUGCAAGACGAGUAAGCCUCACUGAAAAACAUUUAAAAGGUAAAAUCAUGCUCCCUCAUGGCAUAAUUACAUACUGCCUAAGUAAAUGGGCUUUUUUAGUUUCUAGAAAUGCAAUGAACAGAGUAUAGUCCUGUACUCAACCAACAUUCAGGAACGACUAUUUUUAUUGUUAUAAUAAUAAUUAAGCUUAUACAUGUACUUUUAAGGACCCUGUGUUCUUUUAGUCUUCUCAUACAUAAAUUAAUAUGAUCCCUUGCAGUUAAAUUACUGUAUGCUCUUCAGCGUGUCUAGUGUUCUGCUCGCCUCGUCUGUGUCAUUGGGCGAGUUGCUGCUGUUGUAUACAUGCUGGUACUCUUGCAGGAGCGAUACAACAACAUCAUGACUGAACUGCAUGGCAUCAUCCAGAGGUGUAUUUCCCCAUCUGACAGAUAACACAGUGAAAUAUGAGAAGUGAUAAUAUUGAUGUCAAAACAUUGCCUAUACUUUCCUAAUGUAAAAAUUGAUGCAUUUAUAUUUAGGAAACCCUACCUAUCUUUUACGUGUGGGUUCACUUUACAUAUUUCAGUCAGGAAGAUUACAGCCUCCACAUGACCUGAGAGAAAGACACAAAACAAGAAAUCCUGCAUUAAAACAAGAGCCAGUUAUGUUUUAUCCAGGUUGUCAAACCAGUCCACCAUUCUCUAAUGUAAUUGUUUUUUUGUAUAAAUAUCAAAGCUGGAUAUGCUGCAGAAUGAAUGAACUUAUAAUGAGGGGUCACCUUCAGCAGCAGCGAUAUGGAGCACUGUGCGGGAGUCAUAGUCUCUCUGCUCCAUGUUCACAGCUGAAAGGGCAAACCUGGAGAGAAAAACAGGAGCAGAGAAGGGAACGUGCAUGGAAAGGUUAAACCAGACAAUUAAAAAUUAAGCUGAGCUGAGUAUUUUUAUAAAUACAACAGUAAGGCAGGCUUAAUCUUACAACAUUUAACAGUGGGAAUUGUGUCAGUGUUCUCAUGUAACUCUCGGCAAGCAAAUGACUUAUUCUUCAAACUGUCCAGCUGGUCCAAAUUCAUUUACCUCCUCAGAGAAGAGAUGUCACCACUGUAAGCUGCAAACAUCAGGUUCACCAUCGACUUGUUCUAAUGGAAAGCAAUAAAAGGCCACCUUUAGAUUACAAACUGCAUCCUAAAGGUCUUACUAACAAAGCUUCUGCAUUGCCCGUCUGACUCAACUUACUGAAUCUUCAUCUGAUCUUCUCCUUGGGUCGUGUUUCUUUGUGAAAUGCCUCAGGUUGUCGUAAUUGUGGAAGUUGUAGUAGGACACCAGUUCCUGGUGAAUCAAAUGUUGGAUAUUUAAUGCCUGAAGAUGCAGACAACUAGAUAAUGUCAAACCAGGAUGAAAACUGAUUACCUGACAAAAGUGAAUGCCACGAACACUGUUUCCAAGCCGAUCUAAGGGCGGGGACCAACACAUCAUACCCAUGACGUUGGGGACCACCAGCAGAACCGCACCUGAAACGCCAGAUUUGGCAGGCAAGCCCACCUACACAAGACAGUAAGAGUUCUGAUCUGAAAACGGCAGUGUACCUUAGCUUUAAAAUGUUAUGACAGUUCAUCACUCAGACUUCUAAGGCCAAUAAUCUUUUUAAACUAAUUUCCAGUUACUCACAUGGAAAGCAAACUGUCCCGAGAAGUCGUACAUGCCACAAGAAUGCAUGAGACUCAGGGUGUUGCGAACGGCUUCUGCGCUCAGCACACGCUCACCUGUGAUUGGACAAAUACCACCAUUGGCUAGCGUGGCAGCCAUCACGCUCCCUGACUCACAGGUAACCUCAAUAGAGCAGAGCUG